UCUACAGCUCGUGCAUAACUCAAAUCUAAUCCAAACCUAUCUCAAGCUUCUACUUCUUGGUCUAACUGUAGCCUGCAUGAAAUCUAAUUUGAAUCUCGGACGACUAAGGAAAUACAUCGAUUACACGUGAAAUUAUUCUACGAUCGAGAUUGCACUUUUAAAAUUCAUUACCUGGGAACAUCACGAUUUGUCCCAGUGUGUGUUGAAUCACGUGUACUCAGCUGCAGACUUAUGAGAGGGAAAUCCCGAUAAUCCUGAAUGGUAUGGCUGAACUUGAAUGAUAAAAAACAUUUUGUAGUUACUGUUCUUCAUCCUUAUCUCCAAUUGUAAGUCCAAGCAUAAAGAUAGCAUUGGACGCAAACAUAAGUUUCGAGCGCUUAUUCAAUGAUCAUACAUAGACUCAUAAAUGUGCUGAGAGCGAGUGGUGAAUAAUUGUUUAUAACUGCUAUAUUGGUUCGUAAAGCUGAGAGCUAUAAACUGAACUAGAACUAGACCUAGACCCAGACCUAGACCUAGACCUAGACCUAACUCUCAUAGAACCUAACGUAGACUUAGAUCUAGAAGUACACAUAGAUUCAAUUGCUAAUCCUGUUCUCUCGAUCUUGCCAUUUCCGGUUAAAUUUUAUUCUUUCAACGUUAAAAAAUAUCUCAAAUUUGAAGAAAAUAUGGGAACAUUCUUAUCGGUACGUAUCCUUUGUCGUUUGAAUUGCAUGAUGAAAUACUGUCAUAAAACAUUCCGAAUCUUCUUCGUUUGCUAAAAUGAAAGCCGAAUUGAAACGUAAAAAUUCGAUGAUCUUGUAGCAUGGUUAAACCUGACAUUGACCUUAAGUCGAAUGGAACCGAAAUCUGACUGGCUUUGAUCUUACCUUUCUAAUACCCGCUUAACUGAUAUUUAAUUCUCUACGACUGAAAAUUGUCAGGAUAUUGUUAAUCUUCUGGCGAUCUGUUAAACAAAAAGCUGCUCCCUCGAUGGCCUUGAAACCAGUCACCCUGACCUAUGCAACCGGUCCCCACCAUGUAAACUGGUAGCGCGAACAAUUACACGGCCCAAGCCAUGAGACAGGUGAAUAUAAAGGCAGUCGCACGACCGUGCUAAGCUAUUAGUCCGCUUGCUUCCGACGACCGGUUCUCACCGGUCAAUCGGCCGGUUUUAUAGUUCGAUUGACCUAUGUUCACGUAUUUAAGGCAACCAUACACACUUUAUCGACUUACGCAUUAAUUUUCGUUGUGCAACGCGGGAAAAUCCGAAUUGACUGCUGCCGGACGCGAGUUAGCAAUUGAAGAAGAUGAUGCUCGACAGAAAUGCCAGGCAACUGACGUUGAUCUUGACCGUGGUCUCCGUGGCCUCCGCCAACAAUCUGUGGCCAUCGUGCUCCGGGAAAACUAUGAUGAGAUCCACAGAUUUAUCCUGCGAGGAGAAACAGACCAUCUUAGACGAGCAUAAUCGCUUGAGACAACUAGUGGCUCUGGGCCAGAUUAAUGGACAGCCCAGUGCUGCCAAUAUGAGAGAAAUGAUCUGGGACGACGAAUUGGCUGCCAUGGCGCAAAGGUGGACGAAUCGGUGCGCUGAGAUCCACGACGAUCUCAGGAAUGUUCGCAGGUUCUCUGUGGGACAAAAUAUGGCUCGAGCAUGGACAACGAGGCCCCCGGGACCGUACGACGACCAGCCAAACUGGCGCCAGAUGAUCAACGGCUGGUUCGACGAGGUACAUCACUAUCAAACAGGCUAUAGCGAUGCCACCGGCCAUUACACUCAGCUCGUCUGGGGUGACACAUACCUAGUGGGCUGUGGCUACUCCUUCUAUUACGAUCCUGCCCGGGGCUACACCAAGAACUACGUCUGUAACUAUGGGCCCAGCGGGAACGUGAUCGGCUUUGAACCGUAUCAAUCGGGCCAGCCUGCCUGUGGCAAUUACGGGAUGCUUUAUUCAAAUCGAUACGCUGGCCUUUGUUCUGCGGAACACUACUACUAUCUGGGAGCACUGUGCAGUUAUGGUUAAUGAUUUUCAUAUUCACAUGCAGAAACAGACAAGUGAUUCAACUGGUUUUCCAAGGACCACGCGUCGUCAAAGCCGAUCGA